CGGAAUUGGCUUCGUUAUCUUCUCUCACGUAGUGGAGCUCGUCAACUGUCAACACGGAUCCUGGACAAAAAAAACCUGCGCUGCUUUCUCGCACAUAGAAGAAAAUGUUAGAAACGGCGACAUUCCCCACAGUAUCCCGGAAUAAAACUUCGUAUUUGUAGACUUUCUGAUUGUUGUAACAUCAAGUUUGGAAGGAGGGAUGCCAGUGGAGAGUGGAAGCGGUGCUGCUGCCCGCCAGGCCAAGCAGAAGAGGAAGUCCCACAGCCUGUCCAUCCGCAGGACCAACAGCACCGAGCAAGAACGCUCGGGUCUGCAGAGAGACAUGCUGGAGGGACAGGACUCCAAACUGCCUCUGUCUCUGAGGAGCAAUCUGCUGGACCUGUUUAGUCAGAUCGAGAGGGAGUUUGAAAACCUCUACAUCGAAAACCUGGAAUUACGCAGAGAAAUCGAAACGCUGAAUGAUCGUUUGGCUGCAGAAGGACAGACUUUUGAAGGGGCAGAUUUAGCCAAAGGAGCACUGAAAACUAAAGCAAGUCAUAGCACCAGCCAGCUAUCACAAAAGCUAAAGACGACCUACAAGGCUUCUACAAGCAAGAUUGUGUCCAGUUUCAAAGCAACCACGUCCAGAGCAGUGUGCCAGCUGGUCAGGGAGUAUGUCGGCCACAGAGACGGCAUCUGGGACCUUAGUGUCACCAGGACUCAACCUGUGGUGCUUGGUACUGCGUCGGCAGACCACACUGCAAUGCUGUGGAGCAUUGAGACUGGGAAGUGCCUCCUCAAAUAUAUGGGCCAUCAAGGAUCAGUCAACUCCAUCAAGUUCCACCCCACUGAACAGAUGGCUCUAACAGCCUCCGGAGACCAGACAGCUCACAUCUGGAGAUACAUGGUGCAGCUGCCCACUCCACAGCCUGUUGCUGAUAUCAGUCAGACACCCUGCGAAGAUGAUGUGGACUUUUCGGAUAAAGAUGAGGCUGACGGUGAGGUUGAGGGCCCAAACGACUGUCCUUCUGUUCGUGUGCCGACCACGACUCUGCGCAGCCAUCAGGGUGUGGUGAUCGCUGCUGACUGGCUGGUGGCGGGCAAACAGGUUGUGACAGCCUCCUGGGACCGAGCCGCCAACCUGUAUGAUGUGGAGACCUCAGAGCUGGUCCACUCACUCACUGGCCAUGACCAGGAACUAACCCACUGCUGCACACACCCCACCCAGCGUCUGGUGGUCACCUCAUCCAGAGACACCACCUUCAGAUUGUGGGACUUCAGAGACCCGUCCAUCCACUCUGUCAACGUUUUCCAGGGACACACUGACACAGUGACGUCUGCUGUUUUCACUGUGGGCGACAACGUGGUAUCUGGUAGUGACGAUCGAACUGUCAAAGUGUGGGACCUGAAAAACAUGAGGUCGCCCAUAGCAACCAUCCGCACCGACUCCGCUGUCAACAGGAUCAGCGUGUCGGUGACCCAGAAAAUCAUCGCUCUUCCACACGACAAUCGGCAGGUCCGGCUGUUCGACAUGUCCGGGGUGCGACUGGCUCGACUCCCGCGAAGCAACAGACAGGGUCACCGGCGGAUGGUGUGCUGCUCUGCCUGGUGUGAAGACAACACCUCCUGCAACCUGUUCACCUGCGGCUUUGAUCGACAGGCCAUCGGUUGGAACAUCAACAUCCCCGCCCUGCUGCAGGAAAAAUGACCUCCACCUCCUGCUGAUGUCACUUUACAGUGAAACUCCACCCAGAGUCUGUUAUCAUGCACGAUCCUGCAGGCUUAAAAGGUGGCCUUAAAAGUUUACUUUCAUCUUUCUUUUGUCUGUGAAAACUUGUCACAUGUCGUAACCGAUAUAAUUUUAGCAAUCACUCAAUCAAAGUUAAAAUUACAGACUUUUAACAGCCGUCUUUUGAGUCUGCAGGAGGUCAGUAUUUGACACUUAAAGCUCCUUGGGGUCUGACCUCCCCAGGAGGAGGGCAGGAAAGAAAAAGGACUUGUGCCUGCUGUCUACUGCAUCUGUCAUGCUGUCUAACUCACCGCCGCGAAUAUAUACAGAACACAUUUGUGUGUCUUUUUGCAUGGAAGCAAAUCCUCACCAUCUAAAAGAGAAAAAAAAACCUGUGUACCACUAAUGAAAAAAGCACAGAAACAUAACACAGAGGAGCUUCUUUGAUAAAAACUAAAAAGCAGAUGCUGAUGCUCAACAGUUAGAUCAGUAAGGUUCUUACUUUAGCAAAUGUGAUCUGUACCAACAGAUUUAUGUUUAGAGGAAGAAUGGCAGUCUGUUGCUUUAAAAGAAAUCUGUAAUAACUUGCCCCUUUAGCUUCUGCUUUACUUAAAUUUCUUGAUUUCUGUGAUUGUUAAACGUUUGUGCAAAGUGGCAGCACUAGAAAGAAGCCCUCGCUCUUUGAUUCUCAGAAAUUGAAGCUACAGUCUUCUUUUUCCAGUCAUCUUUUGAGUUUCUUAAACAUUUUCUGCUUCUGGAUAUAAUUUGACAACACAAACAUUGUCUAAAUUGUGUUUGACUGGUUAUCCAUUUCGGUUAGCUGUUUGUUAACAAUGUUAAAAGCGAAUUUUUCCUCUUGAGUUUCAUUCAAAAUGUUUUGUCUGGCACCUGAUUCAUAGCUUAAACUCUAUAAUACACUUUAAUACUGGCGAUCAUAUAAUCAAAGCAGCUCUCCUCUUGUUUGUCACUGUGACAGAGUCAUAGACUCAGUAACAGAGUUCAGGAGUCUCUGUGUUAUAAAGUAAUGCACCUUUUUGAAAAUCCUUACAGCUUUUUGUUGCUGUUGUAGAAAAUUAAAAAAAACAAAUGACCUUUGCAGCUUCUGUGCAUUGUCAACACAGUCAGAAGGGACAACAGCUUUUCUUGUGAGUUUCAGCUGGUGGCUGAUAGGAUUGUUGUCUGCACAGUCAGACACUUUGGCACAUAAUGGUCCUAUUCUGUAGUAGAUGGCUGGUAGAGGAACUGAAAUCGACUGAUUUCUCUUGUGUGGCAACCUGAAAAAAAAGUGAUUUAAAGCAUUUCCUGUGCUGGCAGUGGUGCUGUGUUAGUACUAGAAUGGUUUCUCUCCAGCGUGGGUCACUUGUACUGUGGUUUUGUUGUUCACCCUGAAAACAGUAGUGUCACAAUACAUAUCAAGAUUCUGGGUGGCUUUCACACUGAACCUGAGCAGGUCUGUUUAAAGCAGGAACUCACUGGAUGGCAGCAAGUCUUCUUAAUAACCUUGAGCUAAAGAACGUAUGCCUGGUUGGUAUAAUGCUACACAAGCAUGGUUCACUCCAAUAGAGAGGUAGUGACUUCCUUAAAGGAAGAUAUAUGUGAUGUUACUGUUAUUGUGCCAUUUGCAAAACUAUAUCUAGCCUGCAUGUGCUAAAAGACACAAAAGUAUAGAAAUCUUAAAUUACAAUGAUAGAGCCUGUGUAAUUGUAUCCUACAAGAGAAAUGAGACCCAUUAAAUGGUUCAGCUCUCUUCUUGCUGUGGCUGGGGACUACACACCCAGAAACAUCCUGUACAAAGCAAAAUAAUAAGAAGUUCAGAAAAUACAGGCAGAGCGCAGGGCCUCCACAGAUAAAUACAUCGCCACAUACUUAGAGUGGGUCACAAGAGAUGACUGAGGGGCAUUACUUAUGUAUGACUUUACUUUUUUUAUUAGGAAAAUCCUGCAUACUAUACCUUUAAAGUUGUUACAAUAUAAAUUUGCAGACUGACUAAAAGGCUUUAUGAUUAAGAUGUUUGAGCUCUGUUUGACAGCCAUCCAGGACCAUGAUACAUAGCACUAGUAUCUACUGGGAUCAGUAUGUGGUCAUAUGACUGCAGCACUUAUUUUCUGGUCACAGUGGUAUGGUUCCUCUCUGUUUUUCUGCACUGUGGGCCACACCAGUAUGGCUUCUCUUCAAUGUGUUCUCUCCUGUGAGGAGACUUUAGUGUUUUGGGUGUGUUAGUUACUGACUGGAACUUCUCCAGCGUCAGUCCUAGUAGGCAGGUUUUUCUCCAGUAUGACCUCUCACAUGGUCUAUGUGAUUAGUCACUCUGCUCACAGUGUUGACAUCUGGAUCUGACUGUGUUUGUGUUUCUGUAAAGCCAUGAACCAGCCACUGUGUGUCUAGUAGACAAAAAAAAAGUCAACUCCCUGCCCUGUUGACAGUUUAUUGUUAGAGGCUGAUAAAUGUUCAGACAUACAGGACCUGUGUGUAGGGAGGAAAGGGGAUUGUAGUGUUUCUGUAUGUGUGCAAAUUAAAUGUUUAGUCUGAACAACACCUGUUGAAAUGGUUGUAGGGCAGGGCUGGGUACCGAGACAUAACACUUAAGGUACUCUAUGUAAAACUAAUUGUUGGUAUCGUUUUCAUUUUGAAGGCCUACAUGGACUCUUAACGCCCUUUUUCCACUGUCAACACUUUUCCAUGAACCAAGGAGCCUUCUUAGGAACUAAAGAACUUCACCUGUGAUUUGACCAAAGAAACCAGGAGCUAAAAUGAUUUCCUGGCCUGCAAAAAGUCCUUACUUCAGGUGGCAGUACUAUAAAAUGGCUCAGGAACUCUUGGCGUCAACUUUGUGACAGAUUUAAAAGAUUCAAGAUGAUGAGUUUGUGACGCGAGAGCUAGCUUGUGAAUGUACAAACAAGAAAAACACCUAAUAAAAAAAAAAGAAAAAAUCAACACAAAUAGACAACAAGCAAUAAGAAUAAAUAUCAAAUAAUAAAAGAACAGGAUAGGUUUCCUUGCAGUGUGGUGAACACACACACACACACACACGCUUUUUAGUUCCUGAGUUUAGUUUCUGGUGUUUAGUUCAUGGAACUAUUUGGUCAAAAAAGGGCUUUAGGGAGUUUUGUCGACUGGUCCCAUAAUGCAGUAUAUAAUGAGAUUAAUGACACCAUAAUCAUUUGUGUGUCAGAUAUUAAUCCAUAAACAUAUGCCAUCUUAAUUAUAAUGUUAACUUGAAGCUGCUUCUUGACCCGACUUGUUAAGUAGACAUACAAUUCUAAAAUGGUGCACUUUAAGUGACAGGAAUACUUCACCCAUAAUUUCAUCGACAGUUUUGUUUACACAGGAAGUAAGAAUAAGUAGCUAGACAUUUCUUUACUUAAGGGCUUGAAAAAUGAUGAAAUGUUUUCAGAAACAAAUGUAUCUAUUGGCUCCCAUUAUUAGUGUCUUCAGCUCAAACUUAUAGCUACUAACUCAAACAUCUGUCCACAAAUCCUUAAACCUUAUGGCACAAAAUGAAUAUGAAUACAAACAUAAAAUAUUGUGCCUAUAAAAAUGUACAUGGAUAAGUCUACACAGAGAUAACUCAGGGUACUAAAAUGACCACUGGAUCAAACUCUCAUCAAGCCUGUAGAGUCCUUUUUUUAUUAGUUAUGAGAAAGUGUUACAGAGAAAGUUCUCAUGUAAGGGCUUUUUAGCAUGCCGGGAAUAAAAGGGGUCUGCUGUUUUCAGUAGAGAAAGCAAAUAAUUUGUACUCGUUACAACUAAAGUAACUUACUUUAGUAUAAAAUGAGCUGAUUUAAUUCAACAAAAAAAAAGUGAGUAACUGAUGUUUCUCGGAUGCCCAGCCCUGCUGUUGUACCAAUACUUGACAUUAUUGUAAAAAACAACAACUUUUUUCUAGUUUAUCGCAGUGCCCUUUAGUCAUUAGUGUUGAAACACUGUCGUGAAGAUUCUUUCAGUGUCAUGUUUGUUAUGGUACUUAAAAACUAGUGAAAUUUUUGGGGAGUGUCGUGAUGCAUUUGCUGUCACCUGCUUUGCUUUUCCACUGCCACUAAAACAGCCAAAGCUGCAUUUAAGUGAAUGGGAGAGGCUGUGAUGAUGUGUGUGUGUGUGUGUGUGUGUGUGUGUGUGUGUGUGUGUGUGUGCUUGUUUUAGAUGAUACCAUGAGAACAAAGUAUGUGUGUAUGUGUGGUGAUACAAAUCAAUGUCUCAAAACGUGUUAAAUGUGAUAACAGGCAGUUCCGACUGCAGUACAACUGUCAGGAGUUACAGCAUUAACACAAUGAGCAAGCACAGUUAAUAUCAAACUGAUUGUUUUUAAGUCUAGCUUUAGAUUUGUGGAGCGUUUUGCUGGAUUGUAACAAUGGUGUUCAUUCACACAAGUACAUUGACAUGACCAACAUUUCUGGGUUAAAAACAACUUUUUGUGUGUGUGAUAUACACAGAUUCAAUGUGUUUAUAUUUGAUAACACUUUACAGCUGCCUUAUUGCAGUGUAUUGGCCAAGUGAAAUGUACUAUUAACAGUAGAAAAGUCCAAUACAAAUUUGGAAUUUUGGAGGUGCAAAAACAGCAUCAUUACAUUUAAGAUCAAAUAAAUGGAGAUAUUCAAUAAAGUAAUUACUUGUCAAAAGGCAAAUGUAAAGUGUUAACCUCCUCUUACUUUAAAACCAUAACAUUUGUAUAAUACAAAUUGUAAUAUAUGGAGAAAAUAGCCAGUUUUGGCUGUAUAGUGUAUUUCAGCUGCAGCAGUUUUAUUAGCCUUUAUAUCUCGAUGACAUGAUCCUGCAUUUCAUUUGUUUUUAUUUUGUGUAAAUCCAUUUUACUGCUUCAUGACUGAUGACAUAAGUUCAUCUGUGAAAGGCUUUACAUUCACAUCAAACUGAGUUCAUUUGGGCAUUUAUACCAGGGAUGGCAAAUGUAAAAAAAAUGAGUCCAAAUUAGAAGCUUUGCAUCUGGCUAUUAGUGUGAUGCUAAUUAUUAAUUAGUAAUAGAAGUUAUUUAUAUCAGUUCCCAGGUGUAAAUUUAUAUAUUUUUAACUGCAAGAAAGCCCUUUUGCUGAAAGUCCUUAAAUGACUUGCAACAUUAUUUUGUCUUUAUUCACUUCAGCUACAAUGUGCAAUUGUUAACUAUAGUUUUGGCAGACACUGGACAAGAGACUAUUGUUGUGUAUUUCCCCAAAUCCCUUCUGCACAAGGAGUCAUCCCUGGUAUGACUGACAAAACAUUUUGUUUGUGUGAUGGAAAUUAAAAAGUUGUGUGUUUGUGUGUGUGAAUGUUCGAUCUUUAGUUUAUCCAAUACUGUUUUUAUUCCUUGCGGAAAAUUUAAACAAGUUUCAUGUACUAAACUGCAUUUUCUACCAACACUGAGCCACUCUGCUGCCACAUUCGUAAUAAUGUUAAUAAUGUUCAGCCACACCGUUCACACUCUCAGUCAUGAUGAAACCAGAUCACAUCAUCACUGAGCAUCGGCCAUCUCAAAUCCACCGUCGUGAAGCCUUGUUAAACUGUGGCUCCUUGGUGUUACCAGUGUUUUGUGUGAUCAAAGUGGUUGAUGUUGAACAACGCACACCACAGCUCAGUUCUCAGAGAAAAAAAAAAAACAACCUGUUGGAUCUACUUGACAGCAGUUUUGUGGGUUAUAGCUGUGUAACAAGGAACAAGCAUCUGCUUGUGAAAUCAGAAUAAACCAUUUGUGCUGUUUGAA